AUCCAGGUAGCAUCUCUAUUCUCUACCCUUUUAUCCUCUCCAUUCCAUUUUACCUUGGCGCAACCACGCAAGUCACAUCGCGCUGCGCUCCAGCCUCACCUCCUGACCUCUGGAUGGUACGUUCAUGGCACCUCACCUCGCCGUGACCCCAUGCUCCAGGAUACCAGCCCAGUCUGUUAGAAAUAUAGUCGGUCUAGAGUUCGGCUCAUGUAAAUCUUUGAACAGAAUUCGGAUUGUUAUAGAUAGGAUAGAUUUGUUAGCUCUAUCUCUAAGAUUGUAAAUCUACACAACAAACCGAAUAUCCUACGAUCUCAUUUGUAAUUGUGUUGGAGUCUUUAGUACUCCCAUAUAUAAACACGUAACCUGUAGUAUAUCGAGAUAGGCAACUACAGUUCCACCAAUUCUUUCAUGGUAAUCAGAGCUGCCUCUUCCUAAAGCACAUGCAAGAUCCGUCCAUGGCAUCCUCCUCCUCCUCCACGUCGCUGCAACUCGGACAAGUAUCCGAGAAACUCACACGGGACAAUUAUGUCCUGUGGAAGGCGCAGUUCCUCCCUGCUGUUCGUGGCGCCCAGCUUCUUCGGAUCCUCGAGGGGAAGGUUCCCGCGCCAAGUCCAAUCCUGAAGGUGCUGCUGGACGGCAAGAAGAAAGAAGUCUCCAACCCCGAGUACGAUUCGUGGGUGAGCAAAGAUCAACAGCUCCUCAGCUAUCUGCUGAAUUCCAUCACCCGAGAGGUGCUGGCAGGAGUAGCAACCAUGACAACCUCCGCUGAAGCAUGGAAGGCGCUGGAGGUUAUGUUUGCGGCGCAAUCUAGAGCACGGGUCACCAACCUGCGAAUGCAACUGGCUACCUUGAAGAAGGGAAGCCUGACGACGGCGGCCUACUUCAACAAGAUGCAGAACAUCAAGGAUGAACUCGACGCCGCCGGAAAAUCCAUUGGCGACGAAUAGGUGGUUGCUCAUAUUCUUAAUGGUCUUGAUUAUGAUUAUCACCCCUUUGUGUCUGCUAUGCUUGGCCGUGGGGAUGCUAUUUCCCUUUCAGAUCUAUACUCACAAUUGAUGGAGUACGAUCUUCGCCUUGAGAUGUUUCAAGAGGCCGGUCAAUAUCAAUCGUCGGCCAAUGCUGCUUCUCGCGGGCGCGGCUCUAAUCGUGCGCGAGGAAGCUAUCGCGGCAGAGGCAAUGGUGGAGGCCGUGGUGGUCGCGGACACCCUAGCCAAAACCAGAUCGGCGGCACCAACAACACCUCAGUCUCGCUCAAGAAGAAGGUUCAGUGUCAGAUCUGCAAGAAAGUGGGACAUGAGGCCUCAAGAUGCUGGUACCACUACGACGAUGACGAGCAACAGCCAAGCAAGACAGCAGGCUCUCCUGAAGCAAGCUACGGAUAUGACACCAACUGGUAUGCUGACAGUGGUGCUACUGAUCAUGUAACUAGUGAGUUGGAGAAGCUCACUGUGCGUGACAAAUAUACGGGACGAGAUCAAAUCCACACCGCCAGCGGCUCAGGUAUGAAAAUUAGUAAUAUUGGGCAUUCAAUUUUUCAUACCCCCAGCAAGGAUUUUCAUCUCAAAAACAUCCUUCAUGUUCCUAGCUCCCAGAAGAAUCUUGUUUCUGUUCACAAAUUAACACGAGACAAUAAUGCUUUCCUUGAAUUUCAUCCGAAUUUCUUUCUAAUUAAGGAUCAGGACACGAAGAAAAUCCUUCAUCAAGGCAGAUGUAAAGGCGGUCUCUAUCCUCUAGCGUCGCAUUCGUUCCAAGGAAAUUCCAGUAAACAAGUUUAUGCAGUCAGUAAGCCGUCUAUCUCUAGAUGGCAUAGUCGACUAGGUCAUCCAGCUAUUCCCAUUGUCGAGAAAAUUCUUAGUACUAAUAAUUUGCCGCAUGAUAGUGCUCAUAAUCAUGAGUCUGUUUGUGAUGCUUGCCAAAGGGCUAAAAGCCAUCAGCUUCCAUAUACAGUUUCGAAUAAAGUUUCUAGUGCUCCUCUUGAUUUAAUCUA